AUGCAUCGGCUGUUGAAGAAUAAGCUGGUUCAUGUUGCAGUUGUAAUAACCGCGUUGGUAUGGUUGUUUGAAUUUGUACCAGUAGCUGAAGAUGUGAGGUUGCCUGCUUCGUUGUUGUUAUUGCGUAGUGUGGAGAAGGCGUUGGCGUCAUUUGCGAAGAAGACACCAAGUUGGAUGGGUUUAUGGAGUCCGUAUGAGCCGAAGGGGGAAUUCCAUCCUUUGGCUCCUACGGGUGAGGAGAUCCGUGGGGAGGCUCGUGGGGUAUCGGGAUAUUUGGAUGCACUGAAGAAACGUGUCUUUUUCCGCGUGUUCAAAGUUGAUUUACAGCAAGAAUGUCCCUUUUGGGCUCGUGAGAAUUUAUGCAGUUCGCCCGAGGGUUCAUGUGCUGUUUGUGAAUGCGGGGAAGACCAGAUACCGAAACGAUGGAUGGAGAAGCCAGUUGAGCACUUUGUUGCGGUGGAGUCGGAUGUAACACCUUGGUCGGAUCCUCGAAGUGGGUUAACAGGUGAUGUUGGUUUAUUUGAGAACCAGUUUUUGGAUGAGCUGGCUGGUGUGUCAUCAAAGCGAUCGUCCUAUGUCGAUCUAGCGAGCAAUCCUCCCGGAUUCACCGACUACAAAGGACGUAACAUUUGGUCGCUUAUUUACAAGGACAAUUGUAUUCGGUCCAAAGACGAAAUGUUUAGAUUGGAUGACCCUACUUACGCACCCGAUUGCAGCGAAGAAGACGUAUACGAACGAAUGAUUUCUGGACUACAAACCGUCAUUAUGGUUCUGGCCAGCGAGUACAACCGACCGUAUAAGUUCCCACAAAAUCCCCUUCUUACUGUACCCAGCCACUAUGAUCAGAGGCAAGAUCAGAGGCAAGAUCAGAGGCAAGAUCAGAGGCAAGAUCAGAGGCAAGAUCAGAGGCAAGAUCAGAGGCAAGAUCAGACGCAGGAUCAGACGCAGGAUCAGACGCAGAUUCCCAGUCGAUACCGGUACUCGUUGGAUCUCUACAGGUGGAGGGUUAAUAUCAAUCCCGUGUGGGUAGAUAACUUGUAUUUGGACUUUUCUAUUCUCCUGCGGACACUUGCCCGUUUGCAUCCCAUUAUAAACAAUUGUGGCUGUUAUACCGAUACUGACGCGGAAGACGCGGAGACACAGCAAUUGUUACAGCAGCUUGUGGAUUAUACACUGGCUUCUACUGCGAGUGGGAAGCCUCGUUUCUCCUCUAUGCCAAUUUUCGAGAGAAAGCAGGAAGUUGCGUUACAACAGAUGAGUAAUAUUUCUAGAAUAUUUGAUUGUAUCGAUUGUGAGAAAUGCCGUCUCCAUGGUAAAGUUAAAUUAACAGCAUUACAGGUCGCCACCAAGACACUUGGUGACCCUAGUUAUCAACGAAUAUUAAGUUUAGAACGAAAUGAAAUUACUGCUUUGAUUAAUGCUCUUGGCUACUAUAGCGAUGCCAUCGAUAUCGUCUCCAAAAUGAAUAAAAGAGUGCUCGCCUUAAGACGACUUAUUCUCACUUCACUCAUUUGGACCUUCGUCGCGUGCUCAGCCUGGCUCUACAACAAACAUACCAAAACCAAAACCUCUCCAAUCACCCCAAAACUCACUAAGAAGAAAGUCAAUUAA